AUGUCUGCAGAAUCGAACUUCUCUAUCGCCAUCGUCGGCGGCGGUAUUGGCGGUCUCUUCGCCGCUCUGUGCCUCAACCACCACUGCCAAGGUAUACUCAUUUCAGUCGACGUCUACGAACAGGCGGCAGAAUACAAGGAGAUUGGGGCAGGCAUCGGUGUUGGCAUCAAUGGAGUACGUCUCGCACAUAAGAUGGGCCUAGCAGAACGACUGUAUGCUCUUUCCGGGAACCCCGAAGGUAAAGCCUCUGGUCCAGUAUUCAGGCGAUACGACAAUGGCGAAGAGCUCUUUCGGUGGCCUUUACCACUGAAGCCCGGUCCGAUUAGACUGGCAUCUUGCUCGAGAAGUGCGUUGUUGGACGUUCUGAAAAGUGCGGUUGAGGAGAGGAGCGCUGCCAGGCUGCAUACUGGGAAGACUUGCCAGAAAGUUGAGGAAUAUGGCGACAAAAUCAAGAUCAGCUUUGCUGAUGGGACGACCGCCAAGGCUAACAUGCUCAUCGCCUGCGACGGCAUCCACUCGGCCAUCAGAAGCCAGUUCGUUUCCGACCAAGCUACUUAUUCAGGUCAGAUAGCCUACCGCGACAUCAUCCCCAUCUCCUCAAUACCCAAAUGGCCAUACGAAAACUAUGCCACUAUGUGGCUUGCGAAGCACAGUCAUUUUUUCGUCUACCCGAUCUCGCAGGGCAGGGAGCUCAACGUCAUCGCAUUCACCAACACACCCGAGACGGAAGCAGAUAAGCUCGCCGAAAGCUGGACGACAACAUGUGAGCGAGCUGAUGUUCAGGCGGACUUCCCAGAUCACGAAGAGACUGUGCAGAUGAUCAUACGUCUUAUGGCUGGCAAGCCGUCAAGGUGGCGGAUCAAUGAUCGGGAGCCGUUGAAUCAGUGGCACUUCAUGGGCGGCAAAGUGGUCUUGCUGGGAGACUCUGCCCACUCGAUGCUGCCUCACAUGGGAGCUGGGUCAGGGCAAGCGAUGGAGGACGGCUGGGUGCUAGGCCGAGCACUCUGCGACCACUUCACAGGUACUUCGGAGCUGUCAGACCUCCAAAGUGUGGUAAAUCUCUACCAGUCCGCUCGGCUUCCACGAGCACAGAAGGCCCAAGCUGCGAGUCGACAAGUGGGCAAUACGUAUGAUUGUCAGACGGAAGAUUUGAUCGAUUUGACAUUUGACGAGUGCUGCCCGAUCAUCGGGGAGAGGAUUGCAGCGGCGAUGAAGUGGGUUUGGGAUGAGGACUUGGAUGUGUGUUAUGAGAAUGCUAGGGAAAAGAUGGCUCCCACAUAA